AUGGAGCAGCUACCCAAGAAUCUUUUACCCGAUGAGGCUAGCCCGGAGUGGAUGAACAAGGGAGACAACGUAUGGCAACUGACGGCAGCCACACUCGUCGGCCUGCAAAGCGUUCCCGGCCUAGUCAUCCUCUACGGCAGCAUGGUAAAGAAGAAAUGGGCGAUAAACUCAGCUUUCAUGGCCUUGUAUGCCUUCGCAAUGGUUCUUAUCUGUUGGGUAGGGUGGGGUUUCCGCAUGUCGUUUGGCCAUAAACUCGUGCCUUUUCUUGGAAAACCUGCAGUUGCAUUGGACGAAAAGUUCUUAUUAGAGCAGGCAUUUCUAGGAUACUUCCCGACGUCGACAAUGGUGUUCUUCCAAGCGGUGUUUGCUUGCAUUACAGUGAUUCUGAUCGCGGGGGCGUUGCUGGGGAGAAUGAACUUUCGUGCAUGGAUACUGUUUGUGCCAUUAUGGCUUACAAGUUCAUAUACGAUUGCCGCAUUUAGUAUCUGGUGCCCAGAUGGAUGGCUGGCGAAACUUGGAGUUAUUGAUUUUGCUGGUGGAUAUGUGAUUCAUGUUUCGGCCGGUGUAGCUGGUUUCACUGCUUCUUAUUGGGUUGGGCCGAGAGCGGACAAGGAUAGAGAGAUGUUCCCUCCGAACAAUGUUAUUCUGAUGCUUGUCGGUGCAGGCUUGGUUUGGCUGGGAUGGAGUGGAUUUAACGGUGGAGCACCGUUCGCCGUCAGUACAGUUGCAUCUCUGGCCGUUCUUAACACCCACGUAUGCACUGCUUCUAGCCUGCUGACUUGGCUCCUCCUUGACUAUGUCUUCUUUGGAAAGCCUUCUGUAAUUGGUGCUGUUCAAGGCAUGAUCACUGGUCUCGUCUGCAUCACUCCGGCUGCAGGAGUUGUACAAGGUUGGGCAGCCAUUGUAAUGGGAAUAAUCUCAGGAAGCGUUCCAUGGUACACAAUGAUGGUGUUACACAACAAGUUUAAACUGCUACGGCUCGUCGAUGAUCCAAUGGCCGUCUUCCAUACACAUGCCCUCGCCGGAACCCUAGGCGGCAUCCUCACGGGGUUUUUCGCAGUGCCCAAACUGUGUCGGCUCUUUUACUUGGUACCAGAUUGGGAGAAGUACAUAGGCCUAGGAUACGGACUUCAGAACGGUAGAACUUCAGCAGGAUUCAAGCAAAUGGGAAUUCAACUAGCGGGGCUUGCGUUUGUAAUAUGCUUGAACAUUUCCACGACAAGCCUUAUUUGUUGGUUGAUCAAGGCGAUAGUGCCACUCAGAAUGAGUGAGGAAGAACUGCAGAUUGGCGAUGACGCCGUGCAUGGAGAGGAAGCUUUUGCCUUGUUUGACGAUGGGACGAGAUUUCAGAAUCGUAAGCACAAUUCUGUUUAUGAGGCUGAUGACUUUUCUUGUGCAACAUCCAGGUCUCUUGGUGAUAUUCAACUGGUUUAA